AAACAGACAUCUUGCGUUAUGUAACAGACACGGAUGACAAUGUUUGCAUAUGUUCCUGUAAAACACCUCUCUCGUUUAUUGGACUUAUUGAAAAUCCAACUCACGUCCACCACUUUUAAGCCUUGCGCUUGCGCGUAACGGAACCGGGAGCUGUCCAAGUGCUGAAACGAGAAAAGGCGUUCCUCUCCCAUUCCUCAACAGAAGACGGUCCUCCACCUGCGAAAUAUUUCACUUCAAAGUAACAGCACAGGCCAGCGGGGUUGCCUUUAACAGAGCGAGCUUCUAGAUCUGAACUAAACGGGAAAGCUGGAUGCGUUUUCUGGAGUUUUCACCGGCUCGACGCCUGACCACAGAGGCUGAUGUUUCUUCACACCUCUGCUUCGAGAAAUCUGUUUUUGGGAGUCAGAGUUUCAUGAAACUAAACUAUGAUCUGUGGCUGCGUUGAGGAAUGUCUCCUGUAUUUUUGUGUGACACAGGAACACCCAAACGCCCACGACUUGGUGAAGAAGAAAGCGGCAUCCCUAUUUGGAUUAUGUGUUUGACCAAUGUAAACAUAUGGAAGAAAUAGAAAAGUGAGCACAUGGGAAAACCACCAGGAAUGAAUCGCUCCUUCAUUAAGGUUUUGGUAGCUUUAUUUACAUAUUUCAUGGAGACAAGCAACUUUAGAGUUGUGGAUGCCAAGGAGCACGAUCCCAGAUCAUCCUCCAACAUGUCUCCAUCCGACUUUCUGGACUCACUCAUGGGUCGCACGUCCGGGUAUGAUGCACGAAUAAGACCGAAUUUUAAAGGUCCCCCUGUAAACGUUACAUGCAAUAUUUUUAUCAACAGUUUCGGCUCUGUCACAGAGACAACUAUGGUGAGUUCCUCUGGCAUUUUGGUUGAUUGUACAAUGUACAAUGUGUCAAUGUGUUAUCUAUCCCCUCAACCUGCAGGUCCACCAGUUAAUGUUACCUGCAACAUAUUUAUCAACAGCUUUGGUUCUAUAGCAGAAACUACAAUGGAUUACAGAGUGAACAUCUUCCUGCGGCAGACAUGGAAUGACCCUCGGCUGGCGUAUAGUAAGUACCCAGAUUCCUCCCUCGACCUGGACCCAUCCAUGUUGGACUCCAUAUGGAAGCCGGACCUCUUCUUUGCCAAUGAGAAAGGAGCCAACUUCCAUGAUGUCACCACAGACAACAAGCUGCUGAGGAUCUUCAAGGACGGGAAUGUCCUCUACAGCAUCAGGUUGACUCUUAUUCUGUCCUGCCCGAUGGAUCUGAAGAACUUUCCGAUGGAUGUCCAAACCUGUACAAUGCAACUGGAAAGUUUUGGCUACACCAUGAAUGACUUGAUCUUUGAGUGGCUGGAGAACGGUGCAGUGCAGGUUUCAGAGGGGCUCACCCUGCCUCAGUUCAUUAUGAGGGAAGAGAAGGAGCUGGGCUACUGUACCAAACACUACAACACCGGUAAAUUCACAUGUAUUGAAGUUAAAUUCCAUCUGGAGCGCCAGAUGGGCUACUACCUGAUCCAGAUGUACAUUCCUUCCCUCUUGAUUGUCAUCCUCUCAUGGGUGUCUUUUUGGAUUAAUAUGGAUGCUGCUCCUGCCAGAGUGGCAUUGGGCAUCACCACUGUGCUCACCAUGACCACCCAAAGCUCUGGCUCCAGAGCUUCUCUUCCAAAGGUCUCUUACGUGAAAGCCAUUGAUAUCUGGAUGGCUGUGUGUCUGCUCUUUGUAUUUGCUGCAUUGCUAGAAUAUGCUGGGGUUAAUUUUGUCUCCAGGCAACAGAAAGAGUUCCUUCGCCUGAGGCGAAGACAAAGGAGGAAUCACAAGGAUGAGGAUAUGCGUGAAGGCCGCUUUAAUUUUGCUGGCUACAACAUGAGUCAGUGUCUGCCAACGAAGGAUGGCUCAGCUGUUAAGAACGCUGCUCCAGCUCCGAACCCUCAACCGCCAGUCCCAAAAGACAUAGACACCAUGAGGAAGAAGUUUGUGGACAGAGCCAAGAGGAUAGACACAAUCUCCAGGGCUGCCUUUCCUCUGGCCUUCCUCAUCUUCAACGUCUUCUACUGGGUUACCUACAAGAUCAUCAGACAUGAGGACAUCCACAAAAAGUAAAGACUUUACCCUCGACAAAUAACAUUUAUUUUUCAUUUCUCAGAUUGAGAAAUGCUUGGAAAGCACAGCAAGAUGAGAUGGGGGACUGUGCAUUGAGAGGCACCAUUGUGAUGAUGGCGGUGUUCUUUCAGGGAUAAUGUACAAUGUUCAUGCAUCAUACGAUAAUGUUCAUGUUCUGAUAACAUGAAGAGCUUUUGAGACACAGAUGCUUUUUUGUUGUUGUACUGCUGCAUAAUAUUUCCUAAAGAAUUGGGGAAAAUGGUUUUAACUCAAGGUUUAGUAACAUGCUGGAGAAGAUGGACCAAAAUCUUUCGAAUCAGUUCUGCCUUGGCAUCUGUACAAACACGGAACAAAGAAACAUUCCAUGGAUUUGUAACUGAGGUAGCUUAGUCAGGCACUCUUUCCACUUUUUGUGGAUGCAAAAAGGCAUCUUUCUUAUCAAGGAUGUUUAAGACUGUUUUAUAGUGUAUUAUUACACAGCGCGUCCUCUUGUGUUUAUACAAAAUACGGCAGCAAACGUGUAAAAUACAGGCCGAAAGCAAAUACAGAUGCAUCUUUCAAACAUUAGGCAGCAGCACACGUUUCAGGCAUGAGCGUGAACAAAGCAGAUGAAAAUCUGGAAAUGGGAAUUGGAUACUGCAUUUUUAUGAAAUACCUGAGGCCUUAGAUAUCAAAAUAUUUGGUGAGAUGAAGUACUAUGCUUCUCUAUUUUUUCAAGCAUCUCCUCUUGUUCAGUGGUCUAUCAGAGCUGAAUGCAUCGUUUGAGCUUUUCUACCUGUGGCCAUACAUCCAAAGGUACUUGUUGUUUCCUUUUUCUCUAAGUGUAUUUUAAGUCAUAUCCAUGGACAAAUGAUGUCACCUAAAACCAAUGUAUGUUAAUUCAGAUGUUUUGAAGGUAAUUAAUUUUUGUUUUCAUUCCAAAGUAAUUUAUCAAAUAAUAAAUUUCACAGGCUAGGUUCAAGUAUAAUGGCCAAUUUUGAGCAAGUGUAUAUGUAUGCCUACAAACUGUGAACAUGCACUGCAUCACUCAGUGUUGUCAUCUGCCCAUGUCCAUAUGAAUUCAUUUAUAUUCGAGGUAAAUACUCCAGGUAUCUUAGGUAUGGUUUUAGAGUUUGAGAUUAUGUUUUUGUAGAUUUAGUCUGAUUAAAUAUUUAUUGUAAUGGGGGAAAGGUUAUGUUUAUAUACAUAUAUAUAUAUAUAUAUAUACAUAUAUAUAAAACUUUCUGUAUUCUUCUUCAACCUCCA